UCCGGUGCGGGUGGGGUUUCCGCUUCCGCGGAGGGUGGUGGGUCGGCGUGCGAGGGAGCGAGCGGAGGUUGAGGCGGCCGCCCGGCGCGGCCAUGGCGCGCAGCUCCUACUCCUCGCGCUUCCGCCGCCUGGACAUCGACCAGUUCGACGAGAACCGCUUCGUGGAGGAGCCCGACGCCGCCGAAGCCGGGAGCGGGGCCGGCGCGGCCGACGGCAACGGAGGGCCCGGCCCAGAGGUGGAGGCGGCGCUGCGGCAGGGAGACCUGCUUCGGGCCUUCCACGCCGCUUUACGAAACUCCCCUGUGAACACUAAGAAUCCAGUUGCAAAGGAGCAGGCUCAGGAAGUGGUGCUGAAGGUGCUGACCUCCUUCAAAAGCAGCGAGAUCGAGCAGGCGGUCAACUCCUUAGACAGCAACGGCAUCGACCUGCUCAUGAAGUACAUUUAUAAAGGAUUUGAAAAGCCGACGGAGAACAGCAGCGCCAUCCUCCUCCAGUGGCAUGAAAAGGCGUUAGCAAUAGGCGGACUCGGAUCCAUCGUCCGGGUUCUCACCGCGCGGAAAACGGUUUAAAAAGCCGGGGACACCAAGAACAUUUUUCGGGAGCUGGGAAGAGCCCUCCACGUUUCGGUGACACCUAUACGACCGGCAGCUUCCCACUCAACACAGUUGGGAGAAGGAAAGAAGGAAGGCGCAGGGAGAAUGCUGAAGCUGCGUUCGUUUUCCGACUGAAGGACUCGGAGCCAGCGGGAGGGGAGGCAGCCUGCCAUUUUGCGUGGCAGUAGAGGGAAACUGUGUGUUUGUGUGUGUGUGAUUUUGCGUUGGCAUCCAGAUGCCCGUUUCCUGAACGAAGACGGGCUUGCUGCUGCUGCUGCUGCUCUGGCCCACUGAAUGUGUGUGUGUGUGCGCGCGUGGGUGUGAAACUUUAAUUUAAAGACAUUUGCGGUGUGGGUGGGGGAGAUCAUGGGGAGGGGGUGGCAGUUACGGUGUCAAGCAAAGCUGUUAAGGUGUUUAAGGGAAGGCAGGCGUUCUCAUGCGAGAGGGCCUUUUUUUUUUGUACAUAGUUAAGAAUCGCCGGGCGGACGUCAGUUUCAUGUAAAGUGCCUGCUACUCUGUAAUUAAAAUAAAAGUUCUUGGAGAAUUAACUUUAAA